AUGCCCGUCUCUCCACGCGCCUCCAAAGAAGAAUUCAUGGCUGCUUUGGGCCUGUCGACUCAUGAUCCGCAGCAUGAGCAGUAUUAUCGGGCUAUGAGGGACGAAGCAAUCCAAACCUACAACACCCUCAACGAAGACCCCUCCAACCUCCUCGAGAGCAUCCGCACCGACCACCCCGGCACCAAGCCGCCCUACUUCUGGCACCACAUCCGCCCCGAGCGCCAGCGCUGGGCCAUCACGGAGAUCUCGCGCAACGCCGGCCUGCUCACGCGCGCCCUCUUCGACCGCGGCAAUACCGCCGGCGAGUACGGCCCCAAUUGGGUCGCCGGGUGGUUGCUCUAUAGCGUUUUUCGGUCGAGGGAUGUGCGGAAUAAUCGGAAUAGGAGGAAGGGGGGGUCACCCCCGAGACAGCUGAAACCGCAGGGCGAUGGCAGUGGGAGUGGUGGUGGCAACACGAGCGGAAAGAAGGAGUAUUAUGACCCGGUGAGGAACGGAUGA